AGGCUCAAGCCGUUGCGGCUCAAGGCGUCCUGUGUCCAGGCGCUCGUGCGCUGAACUGGGCAAGGGCGGUCAUAACUCCCCCGUUGCGCGAAGUCUGGUAGUGAACGCCUUGCACAAUGGAGCGGGACCAGUUCUGGAUUGCCAGCAUGCAAAACACAUCAGCACCUGGGUGCACUGACCAGCACGUUCGGCAUCGUGCGGACACAGUUUACUUGCUGCUCAUGGCUGGCCGAAUUAUCUCUAUGCAGACAGGUUUUGCGAUGCUGGAGUCGGCCUACGCUCGGCCCAUGAACUCAGCGAACAUCAUGAUGAAGAAUAUCUUCGAUCUACUCCUGGGGGCAAUUGUUUUCUAUCUGUUCGGCUACGAGAUCGCCUUCGGGGGUCAAACCCAAUUUGGUGAGGAUAUUCAGUUUGACUUUGCGCUCUGGUUUCUCCACCUUUCAUACGCAUCAACCGCUGCAACAAUCACCAGCGGUGCUCUAGCAGGCCGGGUUGCCUUCAUACCGUAUUUGCUAUUGUCUAUCGUCAUGACGGGCAUCAUCUAUCCAGUGGUUGUUCAGUGGACUUGGGCUGGAGGAUGGCUGGGUCAGUGGGGCUACAUUGAUUUUGCAGGUUCCUCAAUUGUGCACUUGGUUGGUGCAGUCAGCGCCCUCGUUGCAGUUUGCAUAUGUGGCCCCCGCAUAGGAAAGUAUCCUGAGUACCGGCCUUGGAAGGGAAUUCUGCGGAGGAUAUGCGUCGAGCGCAACGGCAGAGAGUACUACGAGGUUCCACAGACCGGCGCCGAGCGAGCCAUUUACGCCAAAAUUAAAGUGGUCAGUAACCCAGUGCAGCUCCUCUUUGGAGUCUUCCUUUUGCUCACGGGGUUCCUUGCGUUCAAUCCCGCGUCGACUUUUUCCACCAUCGGCGGCAGUGAUUUAUUGGCUGCAAGGAGCACGGUGGUCACACUUCUCACAACUGCUGGGGGCUCACUGGCAUGUUUCGUGGCAUCUCUGGUCCAGACGCGUUCACUUGUCGUGAGCGUGCCAGACCUGACGAAUGCAGUGUUGGGCGCCAUGGUGGCAAGCUGUGCAGGCUGUGACGUUUUGAACCCGCUGGUAGGGGUCUUUGUGGGAUUUGUGGCUGCCCUGUUGGCGCUUUGGUGCCAGCGGUGGCUCAACGAGCGCCAGAUCGACGACGUCGUGGGCGCGGUAGCAGCCCAUGGCUUACCUGCUGUAUGGGGAGUAGUCAGCGUUGCGCUCUGGGCGCAGCCGCAUUGCAGCAGCUCGCUACGCGGCUUGGCCUUCGGCGGUGGCAUAGAUGCUCUAGAGUUGCUGGGUAUACAGGUAGUGGGCCUCAUGGCAAUCAGCGCGUUUGUGGCAGUUUCCACUUACUUUGUCCUCAUUAGCAUCGAUGUGAUGAUCGGCUUCCGUUCCAGCCGCGCCUCAGAGCUUAUUGGGCUUGACUUCAUGGAGCACCGUUACGACGAUGGCAGCUUUGGCACGGACCCAAACAAGGUCACGGUGAUCACCGAGUCGGCGAUGCGCGAUUGCCUGGCACAGCGCAUGGUACGACAUUUGUCCCCCACGAAAAGGUACAGUUACAAUUCCCCAGCAGAGACUUGUUUCGUGGCGGACUCGGCGGGCAGCAAUCCGCCGAACGCGCCCGGUAAUGCGAGGGCCAGCUCGUCCGGUGAGGCUUCCACGGAGCCGGCAGCAGAACGUGCGCUCGAGAGUGCUGCCGACGAGCCUGGAGCUCGCCAGCCGACUGGGGCGCCCGCUUCCAGAGUUUCCUCCACCGCUCCCAGCAGCACGUCGGAGGUGCCAGGCAGCGGCCAGCUGCCCUCCCACGAGGAGCUGGCGCGCGAGGUCGCGGCCCUGCGUGCCGCAGUGAGGGCUCUGAGAGAGCAGAUGACCGUCCUGACAGCCGCUGCUGGCGCAGAUCAGACCGUCGGCGCAGCGCUCGGCGCGCCCAGCGGUAGUUCGUUAGCCGGGAUGGGCCGUGCAGGCGCCUUGCGGCAACUGCUGUCUGACGCAGAGAAGGUGAUGGCAGUGGCUCAGACGAGUCGCCCAAACGAGGGGCAUGCAGGCCGCAGGGUGUGAGCCUGGACCCUGCCUUCAGCUGUAUUCCUGCUCAUUGGUGAAGGGUAAGACGAGGAGGAG